GCGAGACAGAGGCGGGGGGGGGGUGGGGGGUGAACAUAUGACUCAGUAACUUUGGAGCCGCCGUGUUUUCUCCCCUGCGAACCCGGGAGCCUCCCAGGCCCGCUCGGCAUGUAUUCGUCCCCGCUGUGCCUGACCCAGGAUGAGUUCCACCCAUUUAUUGAGGCCUUGCUGCCACAUGUCCGAGCAUUUGCCUACACCUGGUUCAACCUACAAGCUAGGAAACGCAAGUACUUCAAGAAGCAUGAGAAGCGCAUGACAAAGGACGAGGAGCGGGCAGUGAAGGAUGAGCUGCUGGGGGAAAAGCCUGAGGUCAAGCAGAAGUGGGCCUCCCGUCUCCUGGCCAAGCUGCGCAAGGACAUCCGGCCGGAGUGCCGAGAGGACUUCGUCCUAGCCAUCACAGGCAAGAAGCCUCCAGGAUGUGUCCUCUCAAACCCCGACCAGAAGGGCAAGAUGAGGAGAAUCGACUGCCUGCGCCAAGCAGACAAGGUGUGGCGGCUUGACCUCGUCAUGGUCAUCCUCUUCAAGGGCAUCCCCUUGGAGAGCACCGAUGGGGAGCGACUGGUCAAAGCCGCCCAGUGUGGCCACCCCGUGCUUUGUGUCCAGCCCCAUCACAUCAGUGUCUCAGUGAAGGAGCUCGACUUGUACCUGGCUUAUUUCAUCAGAGAAAGAGACUCAGAGCAGAGCGGUAGCCCCCGGGCAGGAAUGGGCUCUGACCAAGAAGACAGUAAGCCCAUCACACUGGACACCACAGACUUCCAGGAAAGCUUUGUUACAUCUGGGGUCUUCAGUGUCACGGAGCUCAUCCAAGUCUCCCGGACACCUGUGGUGACAGGCACAGGACCGAACUUCUCCCUGGGCGAGUUACAAGGGCACCUGGCCUAUGACCUGAAUCCUGCCAGCACGGGCAUGAGAAGAACACUGCCCAGCACCUCCUCCAGUGGGAGCAAACGACAUAAAUCAGGCUCCCUGGAGGAAGACGUGGACACGAGCCCCGGCGGGGAUUACUACACGUCACCCAACUCCCCAACGAGUAGCAGCCGCAACUGGACGGAGGACAUGGAAGGGGGAAUCUCACCCACAGUGAAGAAGACCGAGAUGGACAAGUCCCCCUUCAAUAGCCCAUCGCCUCAGGACUCACCCCGCCUCUCCAGCUACACCCAACAUCACCGGCCUGUCAUCGCUGUGCACAGCGGUAUCGCCCGGAGCCCUCACCCCUCCUCCACGCUGCAUUUCCCAACCACCUCCAUUAUACCCCAGACGGCCUCCACCUACUUUCCCCACACUGCCAUCCGAUACCCGCCUCAUCUCAACCCCCAGGACCCCCUCAAAGAUCUCGUCUCCUUGGCCUGUGAUCCAUCCAAUCAGCAGCCAGGACCGUUAAAUGGAAGUGGUCAAGUCAAAAUGCCCAGUCACUACCUUUCCACCCAGAUGCUGGCACCACCACCGCCCCCAGGCAUGCCCCGGCUGGCUAUCUCCCCUGACACCAAAUCUACCACCACAACUUCCGAGGGAGGAACCACAUCGCCGACUUCACCCAUCCUGGUAUCUGGGAUAAACAAGGUUCUCCCCACACGUCCCUUCUCCUGUGUCUCGGGGCUAUCCCGGGGGGAGAAAGGCAGCCCCCCGGCCCACGUUUUCGGUGGAGAGCUAGUGCGAGUGAGGACGUCCUCCCAGCCACCCCCGCCAACAUCCAACCCGACAAAAAAAAACAAACAAACAAAAACACAACAAAAAGAGACAAACAAAAAACAAAGACGAAAACAAGAGGUAAGACAGACAAGUCAGAGACUCUCUCCGAAGAGCGAGUGAGGUUCCGCGCCUGGCAGUCAGGAACAUCGUCGCCCCGUCCCCCAGCGACAGACACCCCGGCCGAGGGACAGGCCCCUUGCGUCCAGCGGGCACUGCCCAGACGGAGGGCCCCGGGGGGCAGCCUAUGCAAUACGGUGUCUUUCUAAUUUAUUCAUCUCCUCUCCACCUGCCACGACUGAAGAAAGGACCGGAUGCCCAGCCUGUCCCCCCACCCUGACCCCUGCUCCCAUGCCUGCUCCCAGGACAGAUGGCUGCUUGCUCCUGUUGGCAUUGGGCAGGCUGAGGGCAGUUCCCAUUGGCACCAGCGGCCAUCCCUCUGCCCAGGGAUGAGCAGAUUAAACAAACAAACAAAAAACCGUGCUUUGGGUUAGCUCCCAGACCCACUGUCCAGACUCCUUAACCAGAGAGAGGUGAGCACAUCCCUAAGGCCCACCACAGAGAGGCAUCUUGAGGUAAAGGAACUGUACCAGGUGCAUUCUCUUCCUUCCCAUCUGCCAUGACUGCAGACAAAUCAGCUGAUAUCAUCCCUUCCCCUGAACUCCCAUUCUGGGGCCGGAUUCUGGGGCAGCAUUCCAAAGAGGCUGGUGCCUGUGAUGCUUGCUAUUUGCCAAGGAGGUCAGGCAGCAACCUCCCAUCUUCCCCAGCCUCCUGGGGAUCAGGGUACCUGUCAUAAGUGGCAGACACACCCAUGGGGCCUAACGUUCUGUGUGCUGUAGAAGGGAUGAGGAGUGGAGAUGGGGGCGGUAGGGUCUCUCCUGGUGCUUCCAGAUAAUAUAAGGGUGGCAAUGGUGGCAGGGGAGAAGGUGACUCCCCAAGCUGUUUGGGGAAUCAAGGUAAGGGUGGAGGCCACUGACGGUGUCAUAAGGUUGGUUGGAGUGGCACAGAAUGGGCAAGGCUUGGUGGCACAAGGCCCAUUGGUGAGAGGAUUCAGUACGGUCCAAGCUAAAAAAAAAAAAAAGGAGCCCCAACCAAAUUCUUUUGCCCCGAAGGACUCAUUGAAAACCCCCCAUUUUGUACACCAUAUAUGGAGACAUCUAAUUUGGCCUCAACUUGGUUCUGGCCCACCCUCCUCACUUCUGUAUUUCUAUCCGACUGGGACUCGUUCUUUCUUCAUGCCUACCCCAUUUGGGAGAAAAGGUCUAUGCAAUCAGUCCCACUCCUCCCAUAGCUUGGUGCCCUGGAGCCUGGGAUCUGGAAACUGAAGGGACUAAGGAAAGAGGUGGCCGGCCAAAACCCGUGCCCCAAAGCCUAAUGCCCUGGGGAUGAUAUUGGAUGCGCUGCAAAAGAUGCACUUUUGGAGGACAGAAAGGGGAGGAGAAGCCACCAUCAGACAUACCCCUCACCUGCCCGCUGCUCCCAAGGCUUUAGUCUUACCCUGAAGGAGCUUGACAGGCCUCCCAGAGUGGAGACAUUGUGAGGUGGGGAUGGGAAUAACAGGGCUCCACCCUCUCUGACAAAAACUCUCUCCCAAUCUCCGUCCCCACCCCAUCUAACUGGGCUGUGGAGUGUGUGCGAUUUAAGUGCCUGAAUCCUGGAUCGCUGCCCUCAGCUACUGCCCUCCCACACCCCCAACUCACAACAGGGCCAAGUGAUCAUGGAUGGCCUAGAGCCAAAACCUGGGCAGCCCUUUGCCCUCCAUGCCCACUCAAGGCACCUCCACUUCCCUUCCUGCCAACUCUUCAGAACAACCCCUCUUCCUGGGCCCUGCUGGUUCCCUGUGCGUCAUCACUGAGAUACCUCACCAAGGGCCACUAGGAGACCAGGGGUCCCUGGUUUUCUCCUGUUGGUAUCUGGGCCUCAGGCCUCUGAUUUCCAGUGAUACCAAGACUCUCUUUAGGGAAGGAGGAAGGGGACACCUCCUUUCCCAAUGGCCCUUCCUCCCUAUUCAAUGAGGUAUCUCUUUGGGUCUCAGACACCCUCAUCCCAUUACCUCCCCCCACAGCCCAAGCCAGAGAGAUGGGAGACUGAAAGACAGAGUGGGCAUUUGCCCCUGCCAGCCAACCGCCCGUCUGGGACAGUGGAGACUGGGGCCAAAGGGGGUCAGGAAAACUGCCCCCUCUCCCCCAGAUCCCUACUGCCCCCUCUGCCAGUGCCUUAAAACCAAGAGUGAUGCCCUUCCCAUAUCCAUGUCUCCUCCCCCUCAUGCGUAUGUCUGCCCUUCUCCCCAGCUCAGCCCAGGCCAGGCCAAGGGAUCUGCCCCAUUGCACUUUUGUCUUCCCUGUUGGCUCUUGGGAGUACGAGACAGGUGGGGAAGGGAGAGGUCACUUGGUCCAGUCCCCCACUCUGUGACUAAUCGCUGCGAGAGAUGGGGUGAAGCCCAGUAGGGAAGGGAGGGGGGAAUGGAGGGAGGUCCUAUAGUCCAGGUCUAGAGUAGAUCUGGCAGAGAGGGAGAGACUGCCAAACCACAACUGGCAAGGAAGGCAGUGCCCUGACCCCAACUGGGUUUUCCCUACUGCCCUUGUGCCUGGGCACUCCCCCCGAUAUGUUGCCCCCUUUAAACACAUACACCCCAGCAGAGUGAGGAGUAGCUCAGGCCUGGGGUGGGCAAUCUGUUAAGCAUUUCCGUUGAGCCGCUCUGAUAACACUAAGCUCAGGGAGCCAGCCCUAGGCCUCCCUCCUGCUCUCACCUC